AGCAUCAACAAGGAAGGGAGGGCAUCCUGGGGACAACACAAGCCAGGGAGGGGUAUAAAAGCCCAGAGCCCCGGGCACCGCACACACACUCACUCACACACUCACACUCACACCCUCCUCCAGCCCCACCGCCCCACCAUGGCCGCCUCCACCCUGUCCGUCUGCUCCAGCGACCUGAGCUACGGCAGCCGGGUCUGCCAGCCCGGGUCCUGGGACUCCUGCCCAGGCUCCUCCUGGCAGGUGGACGACUGCCCAGAGAGCUGCUGCGAGCCCCCCUGCUGCGCCCCCAGCUGCUGCGCCCCGGCCCCCUGCCUGACCCUCCUCUGCACCCCAGCCAGCUGUGUGUGCAGCCCCUGCCAGUCAGCCUGCACCAGCUCCUGCACGCCCUCCUGCUGCCAGCAGUCUAGCUGCCAGCCCUCCUGCUGCACCUCCUCCCCCUGCCAGCCAUCCUGCUGUGUGCCCGUCUCCUGCACACCUGUCUCCUACACACCUGUCUCCUGCACACCCGUCUCCUGCACACCUGUCUGCUGCAAGCCUGUGUGCUGUGUGCCCACCUGCUCCAGGGCCUCCCCCUGCCCAGCCCCCUCAUGCUGCCAGCAGUCUAGCUGCCAGCCCUCCUGCUGCACCUCCUCCCCCUGCCAGCCGUCCUGCUGUGUGCCCGUCUCCUGCACACCCAUCUGCUCUGGGGCCGCCCCCUGCCCAGCCCCCUCGUGCUGCCAGCCCACCCCCUGCCCCUCAUCCUGCUGCAGACCCUCCUCCUGCAUCUGCUGCGCCCCGGCCCCCUGCCUGACCCUCCUCUGCACCCCAGCCAGCUGUGUGUGCAGCCCCUGCCAGUCAGCCUGCACCAGCUCCUGCACACCCUCCUGCUGCCAACAGUCUAGCUGUCAGCCCUCCUGCUGCACCUCCUCCCCCUGCCAGCAGUCCUGCUGUGUGCCCGUCUGCUGCACACCCAUCUGCUCCACACCUGUCUCCUGCACACCUGUCUCCUGCACACCCAUCUGCUGCAAGCCUGCAAGCUGUGUGCCCGUCUGCUCUGGGGCCUCUCCCUGUUCAGACCCCUCAUGCUGCCAGCAGUCUAGCUGCCAGCCCUCUUGCUGCACCUCCUCCCCCUGCCAGCAGGACUGCUGUGUGCCCGUCUCCUGCACACCCGUCUGCUCUGGGGCCGCCCCCUGCCCAGCCCCCUCGUGCUACCAGCACACCCCCUGCCCCUCAUCCUGCUGCAGACCCUCCUCCUGCGUGUCCCUCAUCUGCCGCCCUGUGUGCAGGCCCGCCUGCUGCGUGCCCGUCUCCUCCUGCUGUGCCCCCGCCUCCUGCCAGCCCAGCUGCUCCCGCCUGGCCUCUUGCGAGUCCCUGCUCUGCCGCCCCGUGUGCUCCCUCGCCGCCUGCUGUGGCCCCGUCUCGGCCCACAAGUCCUGCUGCUGA